AUGGCAUCUGCACACAUUGUCUUCUAUCUGAUAUGUUUGUUCUUGGGUGUAAUUGCUCAGAAGAACAACAUGCAUUUAUCCUCCUCUGUUCAUGAAGAAGCACGUUUUAUAUCAGCUAAAUCUGGAGACAGAGUGACUUUACAUUGUUACUAUGAACAGAAUGUUGCUGCACGUUUAUACUGGUAUAAACAAACUUUAGGAGAGAAACCAAAAUGUAUUUCUACCUUCUAUAAGUCAGAAGACUAUUUUGUAAAAUUUCAUGGUCCAUUCAACAAUAGUGCACGCUUCAGACUAGAUAAUGAAAAAGGAAAAAACCAUUUGAUUAUCUCAGACUUAAGUGUUUCAGACUCAGCAACUUACUACUGUAUAUAUUCCUACUGGUACACAUCAACGUUCUUAGAGACCAUUAUUGUCAGUGUCAAUGAUUUAGAUUUAAACAUACAAGCUUUAGUUCAUCAGUCAGCAUCUGGGACCAUCCAGCCAGGAGGCUCUGUAAGUCUGCACUGUAUGGUGCACACUAUGCUGAGCUGUGAUGGAGAACACAGUGUUUACUGGUUCAAAGACUCUCAACCAGGACUCAUUUACACCCAUGGAGUCAGGAAUGAUCAGUGUGAGAGGAAAGACAACAAAAGAACACACACCUGUGUCUAUAACUUGACAAUAGAGAGCCUGAAUGUGUCUCACGCUGGGAUCUACUACUGUGCUGUCGCCUCAUGUGGACACAUACUGUUUGGAAACGGGACCAAGCUGGACUUUGGGGUUCGGCAAGAUUCUCCUGCCCUGAUGUAUUUCUUAAGCGCAGCUUUAACACUCACCACCAUCAUCAGUGUGUUAUCAACUCUUUUAGUGUAUAAGAUGAAAAAGAGGAACAACUGCCAAUCCACAGACUCAAACGCAAAUGAUUCUGUAAAUUUAGAGAUCACCCAAGAGGACAACCUUCAUUAUGCUGCUUUGAGAAAAAUUAGGACAAAAGGAGCAAGAAGACAGACGAGCAACACCCAGGAUGAAUGUGUGUACUCCGGUAUAAAGUUACGAGUCUUUAACCUCAGCCUGGGACUGGGGAGAGUGCCCGCCCUCUGGAAGACAUCCUGCAUCGUCCCGGUCCUCAAAAAGAACCAGCCCAAUGAGCUGAAUGACUUCCGAUCGGUGGCACUGACAUCAUAUCUUAUGAAGACUCUAGAGCGGCUCCUCCUCAACCUCCUCCAACCACAGGUACAACAUGCCCAGGACCCACUACAGUUCACCUACAAGAAGUUUGUGGACGACACAGCCAUCAUGGGGUGUAUCUGGGAUGAUCAGGCAGAGGAGUACAGGAGUCUGGUGAGGAACUUUGUCACACGGAAUCAUGUAAGCGCUAAGGCUGGCGGAUCUAAAUCUUCACCGUUCACCUACAAGAAGAAGGGGAGUGAGUGGGUCAGCACUCAGGGCACAGAGACUAAUCCUGCGGUACCGUUGUCCAGCCAUGCUCAGGCUAAUGUUCCUUAUAUAAAAACAAACCAGGAGAGAAAGUCCUCUUCUGCAAUAGAGGCCACGCUCGGCAAGAAGCCAAGAAGAUUUUCCAAUGAUGGCCCUGUCCCUCCUUGA